AUGGAUGUGGCUCAAAUUAUCCUUAAUAAAUUGGCUGAUGUAUCUCCCACCAAUUCGCAAGAACUGGCUUGUUCAUUGAAUCUUGAUCAUCAGGUUAUCGUCGGCGGUAUCAAGAGUCUGCAGCAGGCCGAUGGAUUGGUGAAGGUUGAACCAAUUGUGGAAACCAGCUUUGCCCUCACUGAUGAAGGAGAGUACAUUCUUAAGCAUGGAAGUCACGAGUUUGUCAUCUACUCUGCCAUUCCUGAUGCUGGCAUUCCAAUGUCGGAUUUAAUGGAAAUAUCGAAGUAUGCGAAGCUUGGUGUGAGCAAAGCCCUUGCAGCUAAGUGGAUAUCCAUCACAAGGAGUGACGACAACGAACAAAUUGAUAAACCCACUGGCGAUGACGUGCAAGCAUGCCUCGAGAAGCUUCAGGACUGCAGCCUAAAGGAGAGAAAUGAUUUGAAGAAGCGCAAGCUUAUUGUGGAAAAGAAAGUCACAGUCUAUGUGGUUGAGCGCGGUCCGAAUUUUACGACACAGCGUGUUAAAGAGGAAACAGAUUUGACCUCAGAAAUGGUUGCGACAGGUUCUUGGCAGAAUAUGUCGUUUAAAAAGUACAACUUCAGAUCUCUUGGUAUUCCGCCUGAAGGUGGCCACUUACAUCCUCUCCUGCGGGUUCGCGCCGAAUUCCGCCGGAUUCUAAUGAAUAUGGGAGCUGUAGAUCCUCCAACGACGGACGUGCUGGCCCAUUACUCGAAAGACUACGUGGAGCGAGUGAAGCGCAUGCAUGAGAAUGGUGGAUGCGGCUCCAAGGGUUACCGCUACGAUUGGAAGCUGUCUGAGGCCGCAAAAAAUCUUCUUCGUACUCACACUACCGCCGUCAGCGCGCGUAUGCUUUACAAAUUGGCACAGCAGGUGUGGUGA